AUGAGGGUGUACUUGAUCAUGAAUCUUCUAGAUAUGUUGAGAUUAUCGAUGACUCAUGCUGGACAUUCUGUGAAGUCAUCGUCCGAGAAAUCGAGCCAAGAGUUCCCAAGCAUUCAUUCACGAGUGAAUAGGGACAUAGUACUGAAAGAUUUAGUGGAUUCAGAGAGAGCUAAUGUCGCAGAAAUCCAGGGGAUUGUCAAUAAUUUUCUUCAACCGUUGGAAUCAAUUAAUUUAUUGACAAAAGAGGAAUACAAACAACUAAUAGGUAACAUCCGCGAGGUUGUAGAGAUUCACCAACGUUUACUGGCAAACCUGGAGGCAACAGUAACACAGGGAGCUGAAGCCAGAGUUGGAAGUGUAUUUCUUACCUUGGCUUCAAAACUACAAUCAGUUCAUUUGCGGUAUUGCAACGGCCACCCCUAUGCAGUCUGCAUCAUGGAUCGAUAUAGAGAUGAAUUGAAUGAUUUUAUGGAGCGAAGUGGUGCAGUCACUCCAGGAAUUCUUGUAUUAACCACUGGGCUCAGUAAACCGUUCAGGAGGCUAGAGAAAUACGGUGCAAUACUUCAAGAAUUAGAGAGACAUACGGAGAAGAAUCAUUUCGAUCGAGGAGACACACAGAGAAGUAUCUGUGUCUACAGGGAAAUUGCAGAACAAUGCAACUACACUCGCAAGCAGAGGGAAUUAGCUCUCCAAGUCCUCACUAGUGGGAUAAAGGGUUGGGAAGGAGAAGAACUUGACGCCCUUGGUGAAAUUUUGUAUGUCGGACCCGUUGCAAUAGCAGUGGGUGCUGAUCGGCGCGAUAGAUACUUCGUGCUUUUCCCUACGACGCUACUGAUGCUCAGCACGAGCUCUCGCAUGAGCUCUUUUAUUUACGAGGGUAAACUUCCCUUAACUGGCAUCGACAUCACCUUGAUCGACGAUCCUGAGGAUUCAAAAAUCGCCUUCGAAAUCUCGGGUCCCUUCAUCGAGAGCAUUACGGUCCUCUGUAACAACCGAGAAGAACGCCAACAAUGGAUCGACCUUCUGAGCCAGGACCACUCCUCUUCAGGUCUUCUCCGUUCUCCGACGAUUUUGCAUUUGAACAAUCAGCCAAACGGGACACUUCAACAGCACCUCCAGGAGCGUUGUUCAUCACCAGAGACUAAAUCUUGGUGGAAUCUCUCAUCAUUGCGACCAGCCCCCCCAAUUUACCCAACCAAGAUUCAAAACAAGACUGACACAAUGGAUGGAUAUCAUUCUCCACGAACCACAAACGAACGGACAUUUGAGGAUGAUGCUAUUAUCUUGAAAGUCAUUGAGGGCUACAGCAUGAUUGUCAACAGAUUUACAAUGCAAUCUGAAUAUUCGGAUGAAUCGAUUAAUAAGCCCAGACUAUCCUUAAUAAAUAAUAUGCAUAUGGACUCGUUUGAUGGCAGGCAUCUGCCGGAGGCUCUUGAGGCCUUGAAGAGCCAAGUGGGGGGCCUCCAAACGCAGAUGAUGCAGCUUACUAGGCAACUGGACGAGGAGAAACAAUUGAGACUUUUGCUCGUCACAGCACUCAAACGAAGAGUCCCAGGAAUUGAAAGUUUGGUGCCUUAGACGAAAGACACAAUCGUCAUGUGUGUUGAUGACUCGUGUAAUUGAAGUAUUCAGCAAUUUGGCUACCUAACCUACUUCGACCAUUACUCUGACUGAAAGUUGACUGGGAAUGAAACAGAACGAUCUCAAGAUUUAUGCCUUAAAAUUUUUUUUUAUCGCGGUAGAAUGGAAUGCUCCUUCUCAGACAAUGUAUCAUUUGGACGGAGGAAAAUACUUUAUUGCUUCAUUUGAUUCCAGUACUUAUUUUCCGCUCGUAUAGCAAACUCAUAUUUUUCAGAAAAGUUUUGUUUCGUGAAGUGAGGAAAAAUAUUGUCGAAAACAAUGCAAUUAAAUUCAUUUUUUUCGUUCAAGGAGAACAGCUGAUUGAUGAUAAUUGUUACAGAGUUAAUUGAUCGAAUUGUUUGAGGCAUCGGAGGAUUUAUUGAGGAGUUGAAUUUGUCUGCAUUGGUGUUGUCGAUACUGGUAUUUGUGGCUGCGUGGAUCUGGUGUUUGAUCUUGUAUGAAGAUGUUUGUUUUUAAUGCGUUCCAAUUCAUUGACCCUACUACGUGCGUGCUCCAAUCUGUGCCAUGCCAUUUGUAAUACUUUUUGACUGGCGUAGCCGGAUCCUUCGUGUGGUUGUCCUGGAGUAAACGAUUGUUCAUUAAUCAUUAUAAUAAAUAGAACAAACUGCAGGAAAUAAAAUUAUUUAGCUGAUGAAAUAAGUUUUUUAUUUUCUUCCAAUUUACCUGUUGAAACUUGUGUUAAAUAGUUUAUUUGUUCGCUCAGUUUCGAUUCUACAUGGCCCAGGGUUUUAAUAAACUGAUUCGUCUGUCCCUCUGCUUGUUUCAGACUUGACUUCUCUUUGCUGAGCUCCAUGAACGCUUGUCCUGCAUUAUAAUUUUUAUAAAUUAUAGAGAAGUGGUAGAAAUAAUUCAUUUAUGAUACAAGUGAAAAAAAGGGCACUUUCUUUACACGCUUCGCGCGCAAAGACCCGCCUUUUUCUCAUCAGUAUCA